AUGGGUCCUGAAAGGACGAAAUUCUGCGAUCUAUGCCAGCAGGACCUCAAGCCAUGCGGUUGGACCACCCAUCACAAGGCCUAUGAGAAGAAGGCCGAGAAACAGCACCAGAAUCAAAUCAUGGUGGAAUCCAUUCAAAGGCAAAAUUCAGGUGCAGCAGCAGGAGAGUGUGAAGCCUGGAAUGAGAUAGACAAUGACACGGGGCACAUUGAUUUUCCUGACGCAGAUGUCCCUGAGCAUGUGGAACCCACUUUCGAGGUUGACAACAUCAUGUGCGAAUACCAUCCAAGCAGGGUUGUUUCCAUCUUUCUUUUUAAUGUUCAGCUUCUGAUGAUCCUUAAGUUGUUUACUAAAGACGUGAUCUCGGCACCAUAUGAUGGUAUGAUACAAGAGUUUGAUUUGCAUUAUCAGAAUCUCUGGGAGUGGGCUAUCGACCUCCUUCAUGAUCCUUGGCUCUUUCUGCACAUGGUAUUUGAUGUGCAACAAUGCUCAAAGUUCAAUGGCAAGGAAUUCAUAAAUUUUGUAGAUGAAUCAUACACUGCUGAAGCUUUUUGGAAUAUUCAAUCUCAGCUACCAGAUGGUGCCAAGCUGCUAGCUUUCAUUCUCUAUGCUGAUAAGACUAAGUUGUCCUCAUUCGGCACCGCAAGAGGUUACCCUGUUGUUGCUCGUCUCGCAAAUCUGCCUACCAAAAUUUGCAAUAGUCAGGGUAUAGGUGGUGGCUAUGUCGUCGGAUGGCUUCCAAUUGAAGAGAAAGACCAUGCUGGUAAACCAAGCUGGGUCAAUUUCAAGAAUGCAGUUUGGCAUGAAGCAUUCUUGAAGAUUCUCUCUCUAACAUCACAGAACAUCUUGAAGGUUGCACGGGACAAGGAGACCACUGAAGAGAGAGAGAACAUGCUCAAACAAUAUGGACUUUGUGAUGUCUCAAAUGCCUUUUGGACUGUCAUGUUCAUGCUCCAUUUUAACAGGGGCCUGUACUGCGAUCAUCUGUGGGCCGAACUGCAAAAAAUAAUCACUGGUUUGGGGAGAGCAAGUGUAGCUAAGAUAGACAACAAUUACAAGGCAUUUCCAUGGUGGCGAAAUCUGAAGCAUUUAGCGCAAGUUAUGAGCAUUUCAUUCAGUGAUAGUAGCGUGUAUGAAGAUAUUUCCCAGAUGGUGAUAUAUGCUGCACAUACCAUCAUCACUGAGGAUGAGUGCCAACACGCUGUGAAAGUGUUCUCAAUGUAUCUACAGCAAUAUAUAACAAAAAUGGCCGACAACAGUGACAAGAACUGGAACUUUCCAAAAUUGCACAUGAGUGUGCAUAUCUUCGAUGAUAUUGAAGCCAAAGGAGCAACCCACAACUACAACACAAAGCCGAAUGAGAAGAUGCAUGGGUCACUGAAAGACUCAUAUUUGAUGCACACCAACUUCAGGGAUGUCGCACCACAGUUACAAGACAUCGAAGAUGCACUGGACGAAGACAAUUUUGUGGUGGAUGAUUUGGUUGUUUUGAACGACUCCCCUCAUGUAAAGCUUGGGUCCAGACAAGCUCCACAGACCUUUGAAUCUGCUGAGAACACUCACAAGGAUGAUGGCGCAUUUACUAACUUUCAUAUCAAGCUCAAUGACUUUUUGACUAACUUUUUAUUAGUGAUUCAAGUCCCUCUAUCAGGUGGAAAGUGGGUCCAACUCAAAGCAAGCAAUAAGAUGACCGACAACAUCAUAUUUGGUCACCUGCUCUUCGUUUUUGAAUGCACAGUGGAGGAUACAGUCUUUUCUCUCACUCUUAUUCACUCAUUUGAUGCUCCCACUGUACAGUCUGUCCUGCAUUUAUUUAAGUACACAAAGCAUUCAAGUUGGAUCAUAGCCAACUGGCCUAUCCAAACAUCAUUGGGAUUCAAGUUCAUGACCAACUAUCCUAUCCGAACAUCAUCAGGAUUCAAGUUGGGUUGUGGCCAACUAGCCUAUCCAAACAUCAUCAGGAUUCAAGUUGGAUCAUGGCCAACUGGCCUAUCUGAACAUCAUUGGGAUUCAAUUUCAUGGCCAACUGGCCUAUCUGAACAUUAUCAGCAUUCAAGUUCAGACAUGUCCGACCAGCGUUCAACCUUCCAUGAACCGACAAAGAGUCUAUCAUCCUGGGGAAUUCUCAAUUAUACAAGGGUGUUGGACAGUAAUUCAGAUGACAACUUUGAUGAGGGCGACAUUGAUGAAGUCACGAUUCCAGGGCCCAAUGCUUCCAAGGGAGAAAUCAUGGAGGCACUCAAAGUCCUGCAACUUCAAGUUCAGCAUUUGCACGAAGAAAAUUGUGCCCUUAAAGAGAACAACAAGGUCCUCCUUGCUGAGAAGCCCAAACAGAAGCAGCAUGUAGAAGCACCUGACGAACUUGUUGCUCAUGAGCAGACCAUCUCACUUGUAUACUUCAAGGACCUCGUCAAUAAGUGCAUCAGUGAUGCUUGUUCUAACAAGAUCAAAAAAUUAUGUGGUGUCAUGGGAGAUAUAUUUGACCUUCCAGCGAAAUACUUUGCCAAUCCCAGUCACAACAGAGCCAGCAUCAUCAAAAUCCAAAAGAUGCUUGGAGUGUCUGGCAAGAUGCAGACUUAUAAAAUAUUUCUGCAUCUCUUGUUCCCAGGUCUGCAAGAAGACGCGACCCUGAAGACUGUUUUCGGCAAUUGGAUACUUUUUGCUAAGAUUCUGAGAGCCUUGCUACAUGGCGUCACCUUGCUUCAUCAAGAACCUUGUGGUGGAUUGAAGACUAAUGCUCAGAAGUGGAACUUUCAACAAGUCACGCCAGGGUCUAUCACCUGGGCAGCAGUUAUGGCAAUCUUUCUACUCUCACCUGACACGGAGUUUCUGGGUUCAAGAGUGGGGAAAUUGUCAACCAUUAACUACAGAGACCUGUUCUUUCAAUACAAGAAGCUGCUUGUUAUGAAGUGGGACAUGAGACACAUCAAGAACAUUGUGACCAGUAUCGACAACCACAUUUUUGGCACUGCAAAAUUGUCUACCUUUCAUCUCGCCGACAGCAAAGCAGACGAGGCUCCACUGGCCUCAUCAGCAAUCUCAGCAGUCUCAUCAGCAGCACCUGACAGUCAAAUCAUCAUCCAGCAUGAAGAACAAGGAUCAGUAUCUCAAGCUGCUGCUUGUACUAAUGUCGAAGUGGUAGCUGGCAAUGUAGAUGACUUAGAAGCCUGUGAUAUCGGUUCAGAUAUAGGCAGGGGUCAAGGGAAGGCAAAGAGGGGGAAGAGGCCAAUAGCUGAGGGCGCUCAUCAUGGUCGUUCCUGUAAAAUGUAG